UACCCCAAUCUGAAAUAUCUUAAUUUAUGUAGUAGUGUAUUAUGGGUGAUAAAGCUUUAUGUGGAAUGGUGGGAUCAUGUCGUAAAAUAGAAUAUCUAAAUAUUUCUUUUUGCCAAGGCAUUACUGAUAGAUCUUUAAUCAAAAUUGCAGACAGUUGCCAAGCUUUACAAGAGUUUCAUUUUGCUUGUGUGCAUUUGAUUUCUGAAAGAUUUAUAAGUCACAUCUUAAACUCAUGCCCAAAUUUACGAAGAUUUAGUAUUCCGGGUAGCUGUCAAAGAAAAAAUAGAUGUGAUAUAUUAGUAGAAAAACUUCUUGCUGUAGAGAAACACCUUAAUGUAGAGAAACAUCUUAGUGUAGAGUAUCUUGAUUUUGGUAGGUGUGUUUACGUCGCCGAGACUUCAAUUUGCAAUGCCAUUCAUUUCUGUCCAAAUCUCCAACAUCUCAACCUUAGUUUUUGUGGAAUUACUGAUGUAACUAUCAAAGAAAUUUCUCGUUCGUGUCUUUAUUUAAAACAUCUUAAUCUGGAGGGGUGUGCUAAUAUUACUAAAGAAGCCAUAGAUCAGCUCGUUUUACUUAAUCCAAAUAUCCAUAUUGAGGAUUUCAUAAAUUCUCAGUUCUACCUUAGUUAUAUAUACCAGCAUCUUAGUUUCAUGACGGUUGAUUCUGAUGACGAUCACCACAUUAUAGUUAUGAACAGACAUU